AUGGUCGCCCCAACCGCAGGCGACACCCCUGCAGAUGGCACGCCACACCUGCCACAGCCGCCACGAGAUCGGCGACGACACAUUGUCAUUGUGGGCGGCGGCGUCAUUGGUUCCACGACAGCCUACUUUCUGACGCGACACCCUCGCUACGACCGCGGCCUGCACCAAAUCACCUUGCUGGAGGCCACGCCCACCAUUGCUGCUGGUGCCUCGGGCAAGGCCGGCGGGCUGCUGGGCCUCUGGGCCUACCCCGAAGAGCUUGUCCCGCUCUCCUAUCGCCUGCACGGCGAGCUGGCCGACGAGCAUGGCGGCGCCCAGCGCUGGGGCUACCGGCGGGUUGGAUGCGGUCACGUUCAGGCGGAGGUGAGCCAAGACGACUUGGACCGGCGAACAGCGGAAACCGCGGCGGCCAAAGAGACCAAUGGACAGAACAUCGAUGCUGAUACGAAAGACGCGGCCGCCGGCGUGAAAUUGACAGACGGGCCAAAGACGAGUACCGAGGCACAGCCUGAAGCACAGCCUGAAGCACAGCCUGAAGCGCAAAAGGACUGGGAGAAGCUGCCGAAGCAAGACGAGCACGCGGCCCGUCUCCUGUCCCCUGCGGUGCUCCCACCCGACCUCGACUGGAUCGAUCCGGCCGUUGUCCAGUCCUAUGAUCAGAUGGGCGUGCCUGGCGCCUACGACACCGCCCAGGUCCAUCCCUUCCACUUUACCACAUCUAUGGCCGCGCUGGCCGCCGAGCGCGGCGUUGCCAUCCGCCUCAAUGCACACGUGACCAAGAUUGCGUCCACAGGCGACGAUGGAGCGACCGCAAAGCACACUGUCGAGUACCGUGAUCGCACCGACGCCUCCCACACAACGCAGACCCUUGACGACAUCACAGAUGUUGUCGUCGCCGCAGGGCCCUGGACCGGCGUUGUCCUGCCACGAACGAAAAUCGAGGGCCUGCGCGCCCAUAGCGUCGUGUGGGAGGCCGACGUCUCUGCCUACGCCGUCUUCACCGACGUCGGCCUGCCCUCGACCUACACACCCGAGUACCGCCUGCAGGCCGGCCAGAAGCGCCGCCGCCACCGGGGCCGUGUCGACCCGGAAAUCUAUGCGCGCCCCUUUGGCGAAGUCUAUGCCUGCGGCGAGCCCGACUCGAGCGUGCCGCUCCCCGCCACCGCCGACCUGGUCCAGAUCGACGACGGGCAGUGCGCCGAUCUCGUCGCCUACGUCAGCACGAUUAGCCCGGCACUGGCUGUGGCGCCCGUCAAGACCACCCAAGCGUGCUACCUCCCCCGCCACAUCCGCUUCGGCGACGAGCGGGCGCCGCUGAUCGGCCCCACGCAUACGCCCGGCCUCUGGGUGGCCGCGGGCCACACGUGCUGGGGAAUCCAGAACGGCCCAGCGACGGGGUGCCUGAUGGCCGAGAUGUUGCUGGACGGCAAGGCCACAAGUGCCGACGUGUCCAAAUUCGAUCCGCGAAAAUUCAAAGUCUAG